AUGACAUCUGUAGUGUAUCUGCUUCCGUAUUUACCACUAAUUGUACCUGCAUCCUAUGUUACUAAUAAAAAGGGAAUACGAUUUACACUACUCUUAGCAGCAAGUGGUAAUUUCAUUGGAUCGUUGUUAAAAGUAUUUUCAGCGCAUCCAAAUUUAUUUUUACUUGGAUUAUUGGGUCAAACAAUAUCAUCUGUGGCACAAGUAUUUUUGUUAAGUAUGCCACCAAAAUUAGCUGGAAUAUGGUUUGAUGCAAAUCAAAUAAGCAUAGCGUGCACAAUUGGUAUAGUUGGAUCUGAAUUAGGUGUAGGGGCUAGUUGUUUAUUCACACCGAUGAUUGUACAAGAUCAUGAAAAUAUAGACGAUAUUGGACACGAUUUAUUUAUGUUAUUUCUGAUUGUAGCUAUAGCUACGUUUGUGAUGCUAGUAUUUACUAUUUUCUUUUUCCAGGAAGAGCCUCUCAUACCUCCAAGUGAAGCACAAAAAUUGAAAUAUGAAGGAAUCUCGAAUACGAUUAAAUCUUUUAAAGCUUUAUUAACAAAUCCACCAUUUGUGAUGUUACUUUUCGCUUUUGCUAUAUUUGACGGAAUUUUGAACAGUGUUAAUGCAUUGUUAAAUCCAACACUAUUACCACAUUUCCAAAAUAAUGGUGAACGAUUGGCUGGUUAUGUUGGAGUUAUUUGGGUUGUGUUUGGAAUUUUUGGUUGCAUUGUUUUUGGAUUAAUUCUAGACAAGACUAAAAAGUUCAAGAAACUUUCAAUAAUUGUAAACAUCAUGUCAAUAAUCGGAAUGUUAGCAUUUACAUUUGCGGUAGCAUCAGAAAAUAAAUUGUUUGUGUAUUUAUCUGCCAUGGUGUUUGGAUUCUUUUCAAGCAGCUAUAUGGUUGUGGGAUGUGAAACAGGAGUUGAAUUAACAUACCCUGAAAGUGAAUUUAAUUCAUCAGGUUUAUUAUUUGGAGCAUCGUUUAUAACGGGUGGAGUUUUUACAUUAUUACUUACUUUUAUUUUGGAGACAACUAGUGAGUUUUGGUCCAAUAUAUGUAUGGUCGUGUUGUUGAUAAUUGGAACUGUGUUUACAAUAUUAACACGUAAUGUGCGUAAGCGUCAAGCAGCUUUACAACCAUCGAUUUUCAAUCUAAAUGUGAAUGACACCUAA